GAUGGCGGACAGCUGUGAUCGUGUUUUCAGCAGGUCGAUGCAAAAGAUUUAAUUUUCUUCGUCAGGGAAAUAAAGAAAACAGGCCGAUCGUAAUGGAUGAGCUUGUUUCAGACCUUAGCAGUGCUUUGGAUAGAACGAAUGAUCCGCCUUCGGCUCAUUCCGACACAACGAUUGGAACUAGAGAAUCGCCGUCAGCAACUCCGGUCCGCAAAGCACCGAAGAAAAGACGAGGAAGGAAACGACGAUCGGAUUAUCCACCGCUUCGAGAACGUCCUAAAGCAAGUGCUGAGAGUAAUGAUUCUGUAGAAGAAGCCUUAAUGGAUUACAUUGAAAAUAUAUCCAUGUGUCAAAGUGAUUCGGAGGAUGAAACAUCAUUUACGAAACGACUGUUGAGAGUUCAACAUCAUGGCCGCGAGAAUCCAGAUCCAUAUCCUCUUCCUGAAAAAGAGAAAGGGGAAAGUGAUUCAGUGAGUGAUCCUUUAGUAGGAUUGACAAAACGUAGAAAGAAGAGAAAGCGAAAGCUUAAAAGAGUGUCCGGCUCGCAGUCACUGAACGAUCGCGACUCUCCUCUAGGUUCGUUGGGGAGUUUAAAAUCAUUGAGUAGGACUCGAAAACGUAAGGUGUGCGGGAAAUCUGCCAUGGGAAGCGAAGUACACAACAGUCUCAAACGGAGGGACGAAGAAGGAAGUUUAGCAGAUAUUGAAAAUGGCUUGAGCAGUGGAUGCGGUGAGCCUAUGGAGACUUGUGGUUCGUCCAACCAUUUCUACAAGUUGCCAUCGAGGUUACAUAUGCCAGGACGACUUGCCAAGCCAAGCGAUCAAAGCAUCGCACACUCAUCUACAUGGUUACACCAUGAUGAUUGUGAUGAAAAAAUGGUAAUGGCGCGGCCAGAAAAUUAUAAAAUAGAUCUUUCUUCCUCGGGAGAGAGUGAUCUGGAAGGGUUUUUCACAAAUGAUGAAGGUCGCCUUGGGGACGAUGAGAAAGAAGAAAGCUCGUUUGAAUGUGACGUGAGGAUCAACCCGUGGUGGGAAGAGAGAAGUGCAAGCGAUACAGAAGAAGACAAAUUUCAAAAUAUGGUAAAUGGAGUCAUGGAUGAAUACAGGAGACCUUUUGUUUCAGGUGUUGAAGGAAAAGGUGGUUUGGGUCUUCAAGGAAGGUUGAAGAAAAAUUCAAAAUUAUAUGGACAGGAAAGUACUAUGGGUGACAUAAACAGGAAUAUUGCAGUUUUUCUUCAGAAUGAAAAAUGGACAGAAUUGUCAGUUUUUCCAUCAAACAAGCUGGAAAGAGCACAGGUAUAUCAGUGGGCAUCUUUGUAUUCCCUUCAGUGCCAGGCAGAUCCUGUCCACAGGGGACGAGUAUUACUUUGUAAAACAAGUCGCCCAUCGCCUCCAAGACACCCUAACCGACCAGACGCAGAGACAAAGAGGCGGAGGAAAAUGCCACCUCAAAUUUGUGGUCCGCAUUCAACAGUGGGAGGAGACGACCCUAUACCCCCAUCAAACAUUGGGAACCAGAUGCUACGCAUAAUGGGUUGGACGCCAGGGACUGGACUAGGAACCGACAGAAAUGGCAUCAAGGACCCAGUCAGGGCAUACUUGAGACCAAAAGGACUGGGGCUAGGUCAUCCCUGGCCUUCAUGAACGCAUCCUCAUGCGAUGGAUGUUUUAAUUUAUUGUCAGGAAGAAAUCACUUUAAAGCUCUGUCAAGUUAACUGCUGGUGUAUAUAGUUUUUAUGAAUAGUUUUAUUUUAAUUUUGAGGUUUUUAAACUUUUAGUGAAGAGGGAGGGAUCAACAUUUUGAAAUUUGAAUAAUUAUUUGCUUUCACUACAAAAAAGUUCUGUUAACUAUCUCGAAAAGAAAAUAAAUGAUCUUAAUUCAACGUGCACUGAGUUGCUAUAAUUUCCCACACUUCAACGUUUGCACGAGAAUUGAUGAUUUUUGACCGUCAAACAACGGUGGAAAGAACGAAAUGCAAUGAGUUAUAUUUUAACUUAGAUGUAUGUAAAUGAAAAGGAAGCUUUAAAGAAUGCAGGCUUCAACAGGACUGAAACUUGUUUUCUGUGCAAACUUUCUAUCAUUGAGCCGCGAAAACACUGCGAAUUGGUCAGCGUAUACACAUAAAGUAAUAAAUGUGAAAUAAUGAAUGUAUAAAAUAAAUGAAUGAUAUAUGUC